GCUUGAUCACCUCUGAUUGCACACUCUCUCUCUCUCUCUCUCUGUCAAGACUCAAGGAGAGAAAAAUACAAAAAAAUUUCAAUGGGGAUGAAAAGGUUUCUUAUCCAAAGCAAAAACUGGGCUGGCCUCUUCCCCUCCCACCCAACAAGAGCGGUCUGCAACACCAACACCCACAACUACUACAACAACAGCAACAGCAGUAACAACAACAACAGCAGCAGCAGUAGUAACAACUACAACAACAAAAACAAUAAUAUGGCAAUCUCACUCAACCACUCUACUCUCUAUAAACCCUCAUUUCUCUUCUCCCACAGACGUCCUUCUUCGCCUCCUCUCAGAGGCUUCCUUCUCUCCAAUCCAUUUUCUUCUUCUUCCUCUGCAACUAAACUCCAUCACAGAUCCAAACAACCACCGAUUGCUUCUCUGCUGGACAUCGGCGGCGUCAAGAUUGGCAAAGAAGAUGUUGUAAGGGACGAUCCCACCAACAACGUUCCAGAUACAAUAUUUUCAAAACUUGGUUUGCAACUUCACCGCAGGGAUCAUCACCCAAUUGGGAUUUUGAAGAACACCAUUUAUGAAUAUUUCGAGAAUGCUUACUCGAACAAGUUCGUGAAAUUUGAUGACCUUUGCCCGAUCGUUUCCGUGAAACAGAACUUUGAUGAUGUAUUGGUUCCUGCUGAUCAUGUUAGCAGGAGUUACAAUGACACGUACUAUGUUGAUGCCCACACUGUAUUGAGGUGCCAUACGAGCGCUCAUCAAGCAGAGCUAUUAAGGAACGGCCACACUCAUUUCCUUGUCACGGGGGAUGUCUAUCGUAGGGAUUCUAUUGAUUCAACUCAUUACCCUGUAUUUCAUCAGAUGGAAGGGGUUCGCGUUUUCUCACAAGAUGACUGGACAGCAUCUGGCAUGGAUGCAACAUCUUAUGCAGCCAUGGAUUUGAAGAAGGCCCUCGAGGGUCUAGCACAGCACUUAUUUGGUGCUGUGGAAAUGCGUUGGGUUGAUACUUAUUUUCCCUUCACCAAUCCAUCAUUUGAACUGGAAAUAUAUUUCCAGGAGAAGUGGCUGGAGGUUUUGGGUUGUGGAGUUACUGAGCAAGAAAUACUAAAGCGAAGUGGUAGAACAGAUAAUGUUGCAUGGGCUUUUGGACUUGGACUGGAGCGGCUUGCAAUGGUUCUAUUUGAAAUACCAGAUAUUCGGCUUUUCUGGACAACUGAUCUGCGAUUUACCUCUCAAUUCUCUAAGGGCCAGCUUGGUGUCAAGUUCAAGCCAUUUUCAAAGUUUCCUCCUUGUUAUAAAGACAUUAGUUUUUGGAUCAGCGAUUCAUUCACGGAGAACAAUUUAUGCGAAAUUGUGAGAGGAAUUGCUGGAGAUCUUGUUGAGGAGGUGCGGUUGAUUGACAAUUUCACCAACAAGAAAGGAAUGACCAGUCACUGUUAUAGGAUUGCAUAUCGAUCGAUGGAGCGUUCUCUUACAGAUGAGGAGAUUAACCAGUUGCAGUGGGAUGUUAGAGAAGCGGUGCAGAGUAAGUUGAAUGUUGUUCUAAGAUGAAGAUAUAUAGUUCUAGAAGCACAAUUAUGUAACUUAUGUAAAACCAUUCAUUAUAUUCAAAAUAAUAGCAGCAUUGAAUUUCCUUUCUGAGUUUUUGCCGUUUGUCCCAUUUCUCCAACUGACCUUUCCAAAUUCACUCUGAAUUUUUAUAAAGAUAGAUUAUGGGAAUGGAAAUACUUCACAGUUUUACUCA